AUGGUCUUGGAGGGUUCCGAGGACGAGGAGCGACUGGUGCGUGACUUAUUCCGAGGCUACAACAAAUUGAUACGUCCCGUCGAGAACAUGUCCCAGACCGUGGAUGUGAAAUUUGGACUCGCCUUUGUCCAGCUGAUCAACGUCGUUUGGACGGAUUAUCAGCUGACGUGGGACGUGGCUGAUUACGGAGGGAUCGCCGUUUUACGUCUCCCACCCGACAAGGUGUGGAAACCGGACAUCGUACUCUUCAACAACGCUGAUGGCAACUACGAGGUUCGCUACAAAAGCAAUGUGCUCAUCUAUCCCAAUGGCGAGGUUCUUUGGGUCCCUCCAGCCAUCUACCAGAGUUCGUGUACGAUCGACGUGACGUACUUCCCGUUCGAUCAGCAGACCUGUUUGAUGAAAUUCGGGUCGUGGACGUUCAACGGGGAUCAAGUGUCCUUACACCUGUACAACAACAAGAAAUACGUGGACUUGUCGGAUUAUUGGAAGUCGGGAACGUGGGACAUCAUCGAGGUGCCGGCGUAUUUGAACGUGUACGAAGGGACCCCGAAAGACACGGACAUCACGUUCUACAUCACCAUCAGGCGAAAGACGUUGUUCUACACUGUGAACUUGAUCCUGCCCACAGUGCUCAUCUCCUUCCUUUGCGUGCUCGUCUUUUAUCUGCCGGCCGAGGCCGGGGAGAAGGUGACACUGGGUAUCUCUAUUCUCCUCUCCCUCGUCGUGUUCCUCCUCCUCGUCUCCAAGAUCCUCCCCCCGACUUCCCUCGUCCUUCCUCUAAUUGCCAAAUACCUUUUAUUCACGUUCAUCAUGAACACAGUGAGCAUCCUCGUGACGGUGAUCAUCAUCAACUGGAACUUUCGGGGGCCCCGAACGCAUCGAAUGCCGAAUUGGAUCCGCGUCGUAUUCCUCAAAUACCUGCCCGUGUUCCUCUUCAUGAAGAGACCGAAGAAGACUCGUCUUCGUUGGAUGAUGGAAGUCCCGGGGGGUUCCAGCGCCCCACCUCAUCCCUACGGCUCUCCUGUCCUGGGUCGUCAUAUGGGACUCGGAUCAGGGCCAGGAUCCUCUGUCGCAGUCAAGAGUCGCGUGGAACUCAUGGAAAUGUCUGACAUCCACCAUCCCAACUGCGAUGUGAAUAGAAAGGGGGGAUUCUUAGAUCGGGAUCUUCCUCCUCCACCCCCUCCAAGAAGAGAUUCCGAAACCUCGGAUUCCGUCUUCAUGACUCCUGAAGCCUAUCGAGCCACCGAGGCCGUAGAGUUCAUCGCUGAACAUCUCCGUAACGAAGACGAGUACAUCCAGAUCCGAGAAGACUGGAAGUACGUGGCGAUGGUGAUCGACCGGCUCCAGCUCUACAUUUUCUUUGCCGUCACGACUGCCGGGACGAUCGGGAUUCUCAUGGAUGCUCCUCACAUCUUCGAAUACGUGGACCAAGACAAAAUCAUCGAGAUCUACAGGGGAAAGUGAGGAAGAGUGAAAAGACAAGGAAGAAGAAGGAGAAAGAAAACCAGCGGUGCUGUUUUGUCGGAGGACAAUCAAGACGAGACGAGAUUACACCUGCCUUCCAGGCUUCCUUUCAUCCUUCAACGGCUCAAUAUUGUAAAAAGAAAAAAGAAACUGUUGUAGCCUUUGGCUUUAGAUUGACACGUGUACGUAUGUAAAAAUGUAACGGACCAGGCUGUGAUUUCAUGGCUUGCCAUGUCGCCCGUGCAAAUCGGGUGUGGGUAAAAUAGUUAAAUCCAGCCAAUCAGUUUCCAUUGAAUCCAUUCCGGUCGAUUAAAGUUGGAAGAUCGAGUGAAUCGACUAUUUAUGCUGGCUUUUUCGGUGAUUAUAUCCACAGCUGAUUUAGUUGUAACAGGGGACGGCGCUGCUGAUUCCUUCAUUUCGAGAAUUAGUGACCCGAAAAAGUCCUACUGAGUAAUUUCUCAAUAAUUGUUGGAUGCGGUCGAACAUCCCGGUGCCAAACAAAUGAACUUCCCUUCGGUACAAUACCAAAUCAUAUGCCAAAGUCCUAUUUUUAUCUUGCGGAAGUUUCGGGAGGUAAAUAUGUCUAUGCUAUUGCUAGGGAUUUUGUGUAGGCUGAAUCCUUUUAGUCGUGUGGCACGUAGGGAUAGUAUCAGUUUCAUUUCAUGUCAUAGGUUUCUUGGCUGAAUGGACUAUUUGAGAGGUACGCUUCUUCCUCUUUGCACAAACUUGAGGGAUCCAAUUUUUUUUUUAAGUUCAAAAUAGGCUCAUUCAUAUUUGAUGGAGUAAUUUCCCAAUGCAACUCUUGAACGCUGGGCAAAAUUGAGUGCUCAAAACUUUUCUUAAGACUCCGAUGUUAUCGCUAUCGCAGAAGUUACGAAGGAAGGGAAGAACCUGCUUAAAGCCCAUCCCUGACCAGAGGCACACGUGCAUAGAUGUGUAUGAGGCCACCUGUCGGCAACUCACAAUGUUCAUUUAGCAGAGUCGUGAUGCGAUGCACGGAGUUCCCCUCCUUUGCGAGAGCCAUCCUCCAACUUCCAUAGAGAAAGUGCGUGAAUAUUCAUUAUCGUCUCCACAUGUACCAGAACUAAGAAGCUCGAAAAACCUCAGGCAUUGUUGCACCACGAAAUGUUUUUGAUCCAGGGAUGCAUCCACCUCGACUUGGCGGUUCUUCUUUGCAGGUUUAGUUAUAAAUAGGCCACUGUGUAACAGAACCGAAAGGCUCGAGAGCGCACGAAAUGCUCCAUCCAACUCUACCUCGAAAUACAGAACAAGAUUUUAUUUUUAUUUAUUCGAUAUCUUCCACGGACUUUUAGGUUGUGUAACAAUUAGUUCAAGUUCAUCAAUUUCUUCGCGGAGAUUUUUCGUUCGAAGCAAGUGGAAUGAAUGAGAAAUGAUCGAGGUCAUACUGUCAUACACUUAUGACACACUUAACAAUAUCCAAUAUAUUUUUCUACCAGAUUCUCGCUAGUGGAUACUGUGAAGGGAACCUUUCUAUCGCGUCGCCGGGAAAGAAGACUUCGAGAUCGCGUUGCAGCUUGACGUGAAAUAAAUAUUCCUCAAUACGAUGCUCACGUCCGAGUGGUAGAAGGAAAAGCCUCUGGGUGCAUCCAUUAUUCCGGCAUUUGCAAUAAAAACUAUUAUACGUUCUCGUUGGAGUGUUAACUUACCAUCGCACGUCACUUACACUGUGCAAUUAGAAGUGCCCUAAGAAGUACUUCAAAAAGGGAUCUAGG